UUGGCCCAGUGUCUUUCCUCAGCAGGGACUCGACGCCUCUCUCUCUCCCUCUGUGAUCAGUGGGUGAGAGGGGGGAGACGAGCAACACACCGCGGAGAAACCGGCGUGCGCCUCCGUCAUCAUCAUCCUGUUGGCUCAUCCUUUCAUCACACCACCGGUCCUGGAGCCACCAGCCUCGGUCCUGGAGACGCCUGAGUCUGCAGCAGCGCACGAUCGGCUUUAUUUCCAGCCUAUAUCUGAAUGACGGGCGGAAGGUUUGACUUCGACGACGGUGGCACUUACUGCGGGGGGUGGGAGGAUGGCAAAGCCCACGGACACGGCAUCUGCACCGGACCCAAGGGCCAGGGCGAGUACGCCGGGUCCUGGUCGCACGGCUUUGAGAUAGUAGGCGUGUACACUUGGCCCAGCGGGAAUACCUACAAGGGGUACUGGUCCCAGGGGAAGCGGCACGGGCUCGGGGUGGAGAAUAAAGGAAAGUGGAUAUACCGCGGGGAGUGGAGUCACGGUUUUAAGGGUCGGUACGGUAUCCGGCAGAGCCACAACACACCUGCCAGAUACGACGGCACCUGGAGCAACGGGCUGCAGGAUGGAUAUGGGAUCGAAACCUACGGCGAUGGCGGUACCUAUCAAGGCCAGUGGAUGGGUGGGAUGCGACAUGGCUACGGCGUGCGUCAGAGUGUUCCCUAUGGCAUGGCUACUGUUAUCCGCUCUCCUCUCCGCACGUCUCUGGCCUCCCUGCGCUCUGAGCAGAGCAACGGCACAGUGCUCCAGGACCUCUCCUCCCCUGCAGACACACCAACAGGCAGUCGCGGCGGCUUCGUCCUUAACUUCCACUCAGACAGCGAGGUCGUCACCGGCAAGAAGAAGGGCCUGUUCCGCCGAGGUUCACUCUUCGGCAGCCUCCGGCAGUUGCGCAAGUCUGACUCUCGGACCUCUAUCUCUAGCAAGCGCAGCUCCGCACGCAGUGAUGCUGCCAUGAGCCGCAUCAGCUCCAGUGAUGCCAACUCUACCAUAUCCAUUGGAGAUGGCGAGCUGCCGGAUGAGGACCUACCUCUAGAGGACCAUGUGGAUGCCACCACGACCGAGACGUACAUGGGCGAGUGGAAGAACGACAAGCGCAAUGGAUUUGGUGUUUCAGAGAGAUCCAACGGGAUGAAGUAUGAGGGAGAGUGGCUUAACAACAAGCGCCAUGGUUACGGGUGCACAGUUUUCCCAGAUGGCACCAAAGAAGAAGGGAAGUACAAAAAUAACGUGCUGGUGCGUGGAAUAAGGAAGCAGUUGAUUCCUCUUAAGAACCCCAAAACCAAAGAGAAGGUAGAUCGGGCCGUGGAGGCGGCACAGAGGGCUGCAGCCAUCGCCAGGAGUAAAGUGGAAAUAGCAGCUUCCAGAACGGCCCAUGCCAGAACAAAAAGCGAGGCUGCAGACCAGGCUGCCAUCUCUGCUGUGCACGACUCAGAAAUUGCCAGGGCGGUUGCUAGAGAGCUCUCCCCCAACUUCUACCAACCAGGGCCUGACUAUGUAAAGCAACCAUUGAAGGAGCCUGUGGAGAUUAAAGAGGUCCCUGUUGAAAAGAAGGACGACUCCCCAAGAGAUUCUCCCCACUUCUACCGCAAAGGUACCACUCCUCCCCACUCCCCUGCGACCAGUCCUGUAGCCACGCCUCCCCCCUCGCCUCACUCCAGCAAGAAGAAGGGUCAGCUCGCCAACAGCACCAGCCGCAAAAUCAGCAAAGAGGAAAAACCUUCCCGCAAGAUAAGCAAAGAAGAGAAGUCAAGUCAUAAAACCAGUAAGGAUGAGCGGUCUAGUAGAAAGAUCAGUAAAGAAGAGAGGCCGGCCGUCACCGACGGCCCCAAAGGUCCUCAUAUGCACCUCGAGGCUCCACCUAAACCUGCUAAAAGUCAGCAGCCCACCACAGAAUCUGCCCCCCCUCCUGCGCAGCCCCCUGCAGUUCCAGUAAAUGGCGAGCUCCACAGCGACUACCACAGUUACUAUGUCAAAGCCCCUACUAGGGUCCGUCCACCCCCGGACCCUCAGGAGGAUAUAGAAGAAGAGCCUAGUAUCCUGGACCUGGCACGUAUGCCCCCACAACCCCCUAAAUCGUAUAGUAUCCCCCCUGCUAAACCAGCCUCCAUACGGGACAGCAAGGGCGACCCGAAACUCAGGAAGCAGGAUUCCCUAAAGCCAAAGAGCCUCGCAGACACAAAGAAAGCCAGUAUGGAGAUUGCAGAAAACAUGGAAGAAACAGGUCCUAACUCGAUCCUUGUUGCUAUGGUAAUGCUGUUGAAUAUUGGCCUUGCAAUUAUAUUUGUCCAUUUUCUGACAUGAUGAUGCUGUUUCUCAGUAAAACCAUGGCAACCGGUACAGUUGCAUCGCCGGCCUUGAAAAAUGAAAAUGGCGCCAGAGAGACACGGGGGCGGCUGUAGGUGUUUAGGAAUCAGCGUGACACUGAAGAGAAUCAGGAGGAAGGCAUCACCACCACCAACCUGUCAUGGGCCUUCUUUAUGGCCAGCCCUGUGAAUUAGCACUCCUUUGGCUUUUGUGAAAGCUGAGGUGAAAUGUCGUGUCUAGUGAGUUAAAAAAAAAAAAAAAAAAAGUUUAAAAAUGCAA